AUGAACCUCAAAUCCAUAACCAACCUCAACACCCCUUCCCUCCCUCCAUUGCCUCAUAUACCAAGAUCCACUCCUUCCCCCUCCUCCUCUCCUCUCCUCCGCCACCGCUGCCGCCGCCACCGUCGCCGCCUCCUAAGAAGAAGAACCCGUGUUUUCAUUUUCGCAUUCGCUCCCGGCCUUCCUGUCGAGGAAGCCGGUCGAUUCGGUGUCGCGGGACAUCGUGGGCGACGUUUUGAAUCUCUUUGGUCAUGGCGGCCUCGCUGAGCCAGCUGCGGGACAUAUUUGCCCGGUUCGACAUGGACGCCGACGGCAGCCUGACGAUCCUGGAGCUCGCGGCGCUCCUCCGCUCGCUCGGGCUCAAGCCGUCGGGGGACCAGGUCCACGUCCUGCUCGGCAACAUGGACGCCAAUGGCAAUGGCCUCGUCGAGUUCGAUGAGCUGGCGAGCGUGAUACUGCCGGACAUGAACGAGGACGCCCUGAUCAACCAGGAGCAGCUCCUGGAGGUGUUCCGUUCCUUCGACCGCGACGGCAAUGGGUACAUCACUGCGGCGGAGCUCGCUGGGGCGAUGGCCAAGAUGGGCCAGCCGCUGACGUACAAGGAGCUCAGGGACAUGAUCAAGGAGGCCGACGCGGACGGGGAUGGCGUGAUCAGCUUUAACGAGUUUGCUACCGUAAUGGCGAAGUCGGCAUCCGACAUUUUCGGCAAAUCCUUUUCGUAAUGUAGAUGGUCCUUCCACUGGUAAUAUGGUGACCUUUUGGCAAGCAAGAACGACAUAUGGUCAUCCACAUUGUAGAGACUUUGUGCAGAUUCGUGGCCUCUCUGCAAAACCGAUGUUGAUUAGAUGGUUAGAGUUCAAGAAAGCUGAGUUCUUUCUUGCUUCGCGAUGCGCACCAUUCAUGCGCACAAGGCGAGAACCCGAGAACUCGGGUCGACCUUGACUGUUGAUUAAUUCUUUUAUAUGUAGAUAAGAUCUGUCAGCUGACAAUUCGUUUCCUAGAUCUAUUGAUUUCUGGAGUUUCUCCUUCUGUGCAAGUCCUGAUCUUGUGUGUGAAUUUGCUCGUUGUACUGCAAUUUCACUCCAAACCACCCUUUGUUUUUUAUUGCUUUUUGCUUUCGGACAGGAGAAGGUGAGUUGUCUUAUGUAA